AUGUACGUGUACCCCAUCCAUCAACCUGUCCCUCUUCUUCCCGAUGAAAUUAUUAUUCGCUGGCACAUGCUGCUUUCGCACGUUGACACCUUCCAUGAAGUUCUUAUUUCGAGCGUCGUUCCCGCCCUCUACCUGGGGACUCCCGAAGUUUCACGUCUGGAGACCCUUUUCACUAGGUCCGGUCUGGUGGGCAACGUGGUGGCCAUCGUCACUGACGACGUUCGCAACUUCGGCCAGGGCUGGGCCUCCAUUCUGAGCUUGGUCAACACCUACGAGAACAGCGACGGUCGUCGAGUUAUGUCACCACCACCGCCUAUUCUGUCCUCUGCUCGCGCUCUUGACUGGCUAACCGUGUGGAAACGCACUUCCGACUCCAGUUUUGAAGGCUCCUUCUCGCUGGACGUCAAGCAAAUUGUCUUCCUUGAUGUGGACAGGUUGCCGGCCGCCUUGGUGUCCGAGAUUGACAGCCUAGGAUUCACACUCAUAAACAAAGAGUUUCUCAUCCACUCUCUCAUCCAUGGACGGCUGUUGGAUCUCACCAGCGGCCUCGUCCAGUCUUAA